ACAGUCCUCUGGGCCGGAGUAUGAACGUCUAUGUUUUUUACGGACACAAGUUAGGAUCCAUUACACUUUCAAGCAUUAAGCGUUCCUUUUGAACUAAUUGAAUCUGCCUCGUGUCAGUUUCCUUGAACAGUCAAAGACUAAUUUCUUCAUCCGGAAGAAAUAGUAAAGAGGAAUUUGAAGGUAGUGCCUUCAUGAAAUAAACAUACUCUUUUCUUUUCAAUAGAUAAGUAAAUGCAAAAGAUGAGCUUUUUAGGAAAACUCGAAGGAGAUUUAUAGGUAGACAAAGAAGUUUUCGGAAUUUUAAACUUUUCGGGAAGUCUCUCCGCUUUCUCGACUUCUCCAUCAUUUUUUAUUGUUGUUAGUAUCUCUGUUGAUACCUAACUUACAUUUAGUAGUAUGUAUCAAUUUCAUACGUAGUGUUUCUCCCGGAUCGGCUACGAGUAGUAUUUCUAAGCAUGAAUGUAAGAUUGUUAUGAACACGCCCUUUACCAAUUAUACUAUUGGGCUGUUAUUUGGGCCAGUUGUUAAAAUGAGGAAAUACUAAUAUGUGAUGUGGGAUUUGGGUUGAGAAAAUCCAUUAAAAUAUUAGAGUGCUGAAGGAAAUGGAGGAGAUAUAAAUAGCAUGAGUGUGCGUAGUUGCUAGGCUUGGUCUUUUCUUUUCAUUAGCUAUUUUGUAAUAGCAGUCUGGAACCUCCUUUUUCUUGUUUUUCGUUUUUUUUGUUCCAUGAAUCAGUUGUAAUUCGUUUGGUUGAAUAUUAGAUUAUAUGUUCCUUUGGUAAAUAUGGAUCCAUUACAUUGGUGCUCUCGUUGUCCCUCCUCUACCAACUUUGUGGCUUCUUUUCUACCUCCUCCAUACCCAUUCCAACAACCAUUUUUUCUGACUCCACUUCCGCCCUCUGUGCCUCACUUUUCCACUUCCUGCUCCAGAUAAAUCACUACUGCGGGACAGAGUUGUGGCUCCAUUAUAUUUGCUGAAAUGAUCAACGGGGAGACUAAUAUGGCUGUUCUAAUUUCAGUACAUAUCUAUUCAGACAUGACCGCAACCCUGGUGUUCGACGAAUUGCCUCAUAGCCUCUCCAAGGUGUUUGCUGAUCCACAAACCAAUCAAAAUCCCAACCUAUUAGAGUUUGAGCACUCUACUGCUGCUGUCAUUUUGUCUGUUGAAUCUGCAAAUAUUUCGGAUGCAGUCGUCAUUUCCUCUGAGUUAAACUCUGGUUUGGACGAUGACAAAAUAGAGGAAGAAGAUUUCAUGACGACAAAUCUUAAUUCGCAGCCACUUGUGAUUGUUACUUGGGACACAAAGUCAGAAAUUGAGCGCCACAAAUCUCUGUCCAUUGCCCCUAUUUUCUCAGACAGCGGCACGAAAUCUGGAGUCUCUUCCUCACUGUUCGAUGAAAUGCCUGACCAUAGUGGAGCGUUUCGAUAUAGUCUAAUCUCUGAAAAGGUGGCUGCUCAAUAUAUGUUACUUCAUUUUCCAUUUGAUCCUGGUUCAGUAGCUGGACGUGUGUUUGACAGUAUAGAAAUUGUGUUUGAUAAUAGUCAUCAGUUGAAUCUUCCAUGUAUUACACCACUAUCAACAAUGGCAUUGGGAGAGGAAUCCAUGCUGCCUACUGCAGGCCAGCUAUUAGACACAAUGUCCCAACCGUGUGACCAUUCCAAGAUGUUCCUCCAUGAAUUAUCCGCUGCCAAUAUCCUUACCCCUAUGGUUAAAUAUGAGUGGAAAAAUGGAAACUCAAGCCCUACGGACAAGGUAUUUGUUGAAAGCUUCCGACGAAUUGACACCAAGUUGCCUUGGGGUGGUAUUGAGACUAUCGCGAACAGCGCAAUAGGAUUUUGUGCUGGCUAUACUGAUAUUUUCAUGAGCAAAGUUGCAGGAGAAUUAUGGGUCUGCCAAUUUAUACAGGAGCUUGACAUGGAGUUUGGCUGUAUGGUUUUCGAUACACUAUCGGAUUGGGUAAUAUCUGUAAUAUUUUGUGAUUGUAAUAGAGUUGUUGCUUCAUUUCCACCUGAUUUUGGACUACCCAAUUGCAAGUGGGUAGAUACUGGUCAAGUAAGUUAUUCCUUUGAUAUCCGACAAUGCAGCCAAAUUGAAUCUCCAAGAUUUUGUGCAACUUAUUUGAAAUUGGUGCAGCUCAAUGGCCUCUUUCCCAGUUGUGGUGGUGCAUAUUUAUUUAAAUUGUUGGCACAUAAGGUUAAGGGUGCUACUACUUCUUUUAAAGAUGGUGUCUAUGGAUAUGUACCAUGUCCUGUAUCUAUGUUUGCAACAGAGAAUACAACCUAUGUGGCCACAAAGGUGACAGUAUCUUAUGUGAUGUCCUUCUAUACCAUAGCUAUGGGUUGUGAUAUCUGUCUCCUCAUGUACCAAUUGAUAUAUCCAAACUCAUCAAGCAAUGACUUCUUUCACUUCACUGCAGCUAAGUUUGGAGUGACUAAUUCAUCUGCAUUGCUUGACCUGAAAUCCAAAUGGGAUUCUGAACCGUCCAACAAGAGGGCUAGAAAUAUUCUGCAACCUACAUUGAGCAUACUUGCCAUAUCUAGCCAUGUAUUCUCAGAAGCUUUAUCAAUUGUUGUUUUGCUCUUGGAAACAAUAACAACGCUCGAUAUUAUUAUUGACAUGGACUACAUUCUAGGAGAUAUCCCAAGAGCCACAAGUUCCAUGAUGGGAUAUGGCAGUCCUUACCAAAGAUAAGUUGUCCAUAGUGCUUUCUUUCUUAUCUUUGUCAUGAAUGAUCCUAUUUUCGUCAACCUUAUGAAGUCUAUACCACCUGGUUUAGCAGAAAGUUGAGUCUUCCUAAUUUUCUCAUUGGUGUCAUUUUCUGUGUGUUGCUUUUACUACCUACAAGCUCAACAGGUUGGGGUUACUGUAUUUUGUGUAAAUUGAGUGAAGAUCAACAAUAUCUUGUUGAUUGGAUGAGUUGCUGCUGUGGUGGAACUAAUAAGAAAAAUAUGCAUGAGUUAUGGACAAGAGUUAAAUUUCUUUGAUACUUCUACAUCACCUUGGAAAUGGGCUUUCAUGCAAGGUUCUACAAUGCUCCUUCAGAAUAGAUAUCAAAGAAAAACAAUUUAUAUUCAUAUUACAUUAUGCAAGGCUAAGGGAAUGAAUGUUGUGUGGGAAGAGCCUAUUGAUGUAAAUGUUCAAUUAUUGACGUUCUUCCCUGUACUAUUUCUCUUACAAGGAUUAAAAGCAUAUGUUGGAGUCUUGUUGCUUCAAACUAUA